AUGACGCUGCUCAGAUCAAUCAGAGAAGAGCCUUAUCCCAGAUCAAGUCCAUCCUCCAAACCUGACGGCACCAAGUCGCCAUCUCACGACACGGACAUCCCACAAUCUCAAACACAACUAAGUAUACGCUCACCUCUUAGAGCAAAGAAACCAAAAGUCAAGAUUGCGCUUUCGUUUGAUUACGACGCGUUGUCGGCUUUUCUAGGCACGGGGGAACAUCCGGACAACAACCUCGCAGACUACAGCACUGGUGUCUUCUCUGGGCGCGUUGGUGGCUACCGGCUACUACGUUUACUGAAGAAAUAUCAAAUUGCCGACAAGGUUACAUGGUUCAUUCCCGGCCAUACUAUGGAGACCUUCGAAGCCACAGUCAAAGAGAUCGUCCAAUCCGGCGCAGAGAUCGGACUCCACGGCUACGCCCACGAAGGCGCCUAUCAGAUGACGCCGGAACAAGAGCGCGACGUCUUGGCAAAGUGCAUGCAAGUAUCGGAACGUCUGACCGGUAGAAAGGUACAGGGAUACCGCGCUCCCAUGUACCAACUGCGCGAAACAACAGUCGAGCUCCUUAAAGAGUUUGGGUUCCUGUACGACUCGUCCUUGAGCCACCACGACUCUCAACCCUACUUCACGCCAAGUGAUCCACCCGUCGAGCGCAUCGACUUCUCCAAGCCGGCAAGCAGCUGGUUGAAGCCGACGCCAAUAAGCGACAUGGACGUAGUACCGCCCGCAUCAUUGCACUCACCCGCCACUGGCCUACCUCUUGUGGAAAUUCCUAUCGGCUGGAACAAUGAAGACAUGAUGGGACUACAGUAUUUCCCGCACGUUGCCAAUACGAAUGGACAAGUCGAUGCCCGCGUUGUUGAGCAGCGCUGGAAGGACAUUUUCCUCUGGUUGUGGGAGAACGGCGAGGCCGAGUCUGACGACGGUACCUUCAUUUUCCCACUACUCAUGCAUCCGGACUCCAGCGGCCUGGCGCACGCCAUGACCAUGGCAGAUCGUUUCAUCGGCUGGCUGCGGAGUUGGGGAGAUUCUGUCGAGUUUCAUACGUAUGAGAGCAUAGCGUAUGACUUUCUUCGUAAGAAGGGUGUCAAGAAUGACAACAUUUCUAAGUAG